ACACCCCUGUCACGCGGACCAGAGCUAAAAAAGCACUUUUCCCAGGCAAAGGAAGAAUAGAUUUGAACUUGUCUUUUGACGCUCAACUGAGUCUGAAGACAAUAUUCCCUAGACAGAUCGCUUAAUACCCUGCAUUGGGCGCAGUUUGUUUUCUUGCAUAUAAAUUGGGACACUUCCUCUUACCUGUACACACUCUUCACCACCUUUGACACAUUCGUACUCUGCAUCUUCUACUCUAAAUUUUUUCUCCAAAAGCCUUUCAAAAGUUCAUCUUUGCACAGUCUUUCUUCAUUUAUUUCUGAUAUUUCUGAAAAUGUUCUCUCUUCGUUCUGUUACUGGCCGUUUGGCUACCGUUGCUGUUCGUCAGCCUGCUAUUCGCACCGUGGCUCCGGCUGCUCGUGCCUUCUCCGUUACUUUCAAACGUAUGCAGGAGGAGGUCCACGAGAAGGGCAUUCCUGUCCACAGCUACACCGACAAGGAGUCCUCUGCUCCCGAGGAGAAGGUGCUCCCUGUUGGUGCCACCAGCGAGGUCGUUGGAGGUGGCCAGGGCGACGUCAAGAUCAUCGCUCAGGCUCUUGACAAGUCCAUCGCCGAGAAGCUCUCUCCUACCUUGUCCAAAUUCACUUUGGUUGGGAAAGUUGCCGCUAUCACUGGUGGCGGUCGCGGUCUCGGCUAUAACAUGGCUCAGGCCCUUUCCGAAGUUGGUGUUAAAGCAAUUGCCAUUCUCGACAUUCAGCAGGAAGUCGGUGACGCCGCUGCUGCCGAGCUCCACGAGCACACUGGUGUCCCCGUCCGCUUCUACAAGGUCGACGUUCGCGAUGGCCCUGCCAUCGCUGAGGUUUUCAGUGACGUAGUCGAUUCUUUUGGCUCGAUCGAUGUUGUUAUCAAUGCCGCCGGUAUUGCCGAUUCCAAUAUUAAGGCUGAGGACUAUGACCACGUCAUGUUCCGCCGUCUUAUUGACAUUAACGUCACCGGUUCUUUCCUUGUUGCUCAGGCGGCCGGUCGUGCCAUGAUCAAGGCCGGCACUGGCGGUAGCAUCGUCAACAUUGCUUCCAUGUCCGGCUCAGUUGUCAACUACCCGCAGGAGCAGUGCUGCUAUAACGCUUCCAAGGCUGCUGUCAUUCAGUUGACCAAGUCGCUCGCCGCCGAGUGGGCUCAGCACAAGAUCCGCGUCAAUUCCAUCUCCCCCGGCUACAUGGACACCGCUCUGAACCGCGUGCCCGCUCUCGAUGCCCAGAAGAAGAUCUGGAAGAGCCUUACUCCCCAGCGCCGCCUUGGAAACGUUGACGAGCUCAACAACCUCGCCGUUUUCCUCGCCUCCGACGCUUCCACCUUCAUGACCGGUUCCAACUGCAUCAUCGACGGUGGAUACUCCGUCUUGUAAUCGACGAAAGGACAUUUCACAGCCUUCGCAUGCAGUUUUCCUCGACCUCUUUGUAUUUGAGCGGACGAUUGGAUGACCAGCGUCGCAAUGGCGGUCUUUGCAUAAUGCUUUGAAUCGGCAUAUGCUUUUAAAACCUUUUCCUGUUUAUUCUUAUUUUUUUCGGGAUAUUCUUCGUUUCAUGUCCAUUCCUAGUACCUCAUCAGCAUGGGGCUUGCGAAUCUGUCGUCUAGCG